ACAUUACAUUUCGUUCCUCCCUUUAGUCCUAAGUGCAAGCUGCAAGAAAGGUAAAGUGACUUGAAGACCUGUGUGAGACAUUGGCAAAGACAAAAAGAACAGAACGAGUGGACAAUUAUGAAAAUAGUGGACUUAAUUCAUGGGCUUCCGAAAGGAAGCACGUUUUAUUCUUUUGAGUAUUUUCCUCCAAAGACAACAGUGGGUUUGGAAAACUUGAUGAGCCGAAUAACAAGAAUGUCGAAUAAUAUGCUUCCUUUGUUUUCUAGCGUUACAUGGGGAACGGCUGGAAGUACAGCAAGUGUUUCAGUGCUAUUGGCCAAAUUGCUGGAAAAUCAACACCGUGUGCCGGCUUGUUUACAUCUGACUUGCACGAACGUGGACCGGAAAGUAAUUGACGAGACCCUAGAGACAGCCAAGAAUGCAGGGAUUCGUAAUAUCUUGGCUUUGCGUGGAGACCCACCUUUGAAUAGCGAUCAUUGGGAGGGAAAGCUGAGUGAGUUUGAGCAUGCAGUUGAUUUAGUACGUUAUAUUCGUCAAAAGUAUGGAGAUUACUUCUGCAUUGGCGUUGCAGCAUAUCCUGAGGGACACGCAGAUUCGAAUGUUCCCGAAUUGACCCGUGAUCCUGCUCGUGAUAUGCCUUUCCUUAUUGAAAAGGUAAAGGCUGGUGCUGACUUUAUUAUGACCCAAAUCUUUUAUGAACCUAAUGCAUUUAUUGAAUUUGAGAAGACCCUGAGAAAUCAUGAGUCCGGCGUGUUUCAAGAUAUAAUGAUUAUUCCUGCCGUUAUGCCGAUCCAGUCUUUUUCCAUUCUCAAGCGAAUGACUCGUCUUUGUGGUUGCAGCAUUCCUGAAUCAUUGAUGAAACGUAUAGAGGCUGUAAAGUCCGAUGACGAAGCCGUCAAAUCCAUAGGUGUUGAGCACGCUGUGGAAAUGAUACAAACAAUUAUGCGCAAUACAAACCACCGUAUCCUUGGCUUUCAUUUCUGCACCCUUAACCUUGAGAAAUCUGUUGCUAGGAUUCUCAAGCAUAGCUCUUUGUUGACUCGCCGUUGGGAACAAUACGAAUCUCAACUUCAAGACGAGAAUCUUCGAAAAACCACCAUUAGACGUCUUAGCCUCAACGAAACUCCUGAACUUCAUAAUCAUGUCGUUAUUCCUCCAGAUGAUUCGCUAAAAGGAAUCUCUUCAUCCCUUCGUACUCAAACGAACGAAGCUUCGCUCGCUACUCAUAGAGACAGCCUCACCACCGAUGCUCCCUUCUCCGUUUCCGAAGGAAGUGGUGUUUUGGGAAGACAAGCAAAUUGGGACGAUUUCCCCAACGGUCGUUUCGGUGAUCCUAGAUCUCCCGCUUAUGGUGAGAUUGAUGGUUACGGACCUACCCUGCACUUUCCCCAGCAAGAAGCCCUUCGUCUUUGGGGCUAUCCUGUGGAUGAAUCUGAUAUUACUUCUCUAUUCCAAAAACACAUUAAGAACGACAUCCAUGCUAUUCCAUGGAUUGAUGAACCCGUUGACGACGAGACAAAAUUGAUCUCACAAUAUCUUCUCAAAGUGAAUGGGCGUACUUGGUGGACAGUAGGUAGUCAACCUACUGUUAAUGGUGCCCCUUCUACGGACCCUGUUUUUGGUUGGGGUCCUAAAGGCGGAAAAGUUUACCAGAAGGCAUUCAUUGAAUUUUUUAUAAGUUCAAAAGAUUUCAACAAUUUUGUAAAGAAGUGGCAUGAUAAUGACCAAAUCACUUAUUAUGCUGGAAAUAAUAAAGGCGACUUCCUUACUAAUGCCCCAAAUGACGGGGCCAGUGCAGUCACUUGGGGUGUUUAUCCAGGAAGAGAAAUUAUACAAUCUACAAUUAUUGCCGAAGUCUCUUUUAAGGCUUGGAUGAAUGAAGCUUUUGACGUAUGGGCGGAAUGGGCUUACUUGUAUCCUAAAAAUACAGCAACAAGGAAUUUGUUGGAACAUUGUACGGAUGAUAGAUGGCUUGUAUCAAUUAUUCAUCAUGAUUAUAUGGAUAAUGAUGGUCUUUGGAAGGCUCUUGAAGUCGUUAUGUAAUACCACUUUAUUAAAUCGUUAUACAUUCUGUUUGCUUACUCCAUUCCCCACUCUUUUCUUUUCUUUUUAGAUGGAAACUAUUCAAUCUUCUUAUAUGCAUCUACUUCUUUGAAUCUCUUUGUAGGAAAAUAAUAUACACAUUAGUAUUAAAGUCGUUAGGCUUCAGUCUGUUGUAGCUAAAGUAAAUAAAGAUAUUUCCAUCAUAUACCGUUCAUAGUCAUACGCAAAACUGAU